CCUCUAUGUGACUGCGCUCACAGGGAAAAAAAACCUCUUAUGUGACUGUCAAAAUUAAGAAUCCUCAAUAAAUCUCAAAGAAAAAAAUGGAAGACAGCGCAGAGUUGGAGUCGAUCCUGCCCUAUCUACCGUUAGUAAUUGGAUCUUCGAGGCGACUGUUAUGGCCAUCGAAAGUGGUUGAGGCUCUGGAGGCGAUGUCCAGAGGUCCUGAUCACAGCCGAGUCAACUGUGGCGAAGUCCUCUACAUCGCCAUUUCCGACAUGAGAGCUUCUCUUUCCCUCGCUGACCCUCUCUCUCUCUCUGCCCCCCUAGGCUAUGCCCUCUUCUUUGAUGAGCUCAUGUCCGAGGCCGACUCCAGAAAAUGGUUUGCGGAGGAUAUUCCAAAAUUAGCCAAUCUGCUAUUGCGGUUGCCUUCCCUUUUAGAGGUUCACUAUCAGAACUCGCGGGCUUAUGGAUACGGUCUCCGCAUCUUGGGUCCGCAGCAACCUGGCAUGGUGCUUCUCUCCCAGGAGUUGAUUGGCGCUCUACUUGCAUGCUCUUUAUUUUGUUUGUUUCCAAUCUCUAAUAGAGGAGUCUCUAUGACAGUUACAGUGAGAGCCAAGAAAACAAAGUGAGGUGCAUUAUCUGCUAUUUCCAAAGGAUAUGUUACAGGAUCUGUCUCAUUUGAGCGCAAGCUUCUCUCUUUAGAAUAUCAUCCUUGGCAAUCAUUCCUCUCUUCUCCGUAUGCUGAUUUUUGGACCAAAUCAACUAUCCCCCUCUGCCGUUUUCAGGUCCACAGCUCAGGCUUGAUAGAAGAUCACGCUAUUGAGGCUCUUGAAGUGGAUUUUGCUAAUAAAUAUCUUGGUGGUGGUGCUCUACAUAGGGGCUGUGUGCAGGUAAUCUACAGACUUGGGCGGAUCGGUGCAAUAGAAUCUCACGGUGACAACGAGUUCGUGAAUUAUUUUAAAUAAUGGUUUUUACUUAAUUUAAAGAUUAUUUUCUGAGAGUUUUGUAAUUAUUGGACUCCCUGGACUGUUUGAUUUUUAUUUUGGUUUUGGAUAAAUUUUAAUUUUUAUUGCGACGUUAGACUAAAA